UGGAGUUCCUGCUUCCUUCUUAGAGGGCAGCAGCGGAGCGUCUCGGGGACGCAUGCGCCCCAAUUUGCGCCCGGGGAAUUAGAGAGAAAAAAAGCCCCACGAAAACACGAGCCCCAAGCCAAACCCAAGCGGAGGCGAGCGUGUGACUGUGCAGCCCCGGGGCCGUGGAGGCGCCUCCGGCCUCGCCCGCGUCCCCGGCCGCGGAGUGAUGCGCACGGACCGGCCCGCGACGCCGGGGCCGCGACUGUCCCCGCGCCUGGACGCCAGGCUGCCGGCCGCGCCCCGCCGCGCUCGCUCGUCGCCGCGGCUUCCUCAGAGCCGCCAGGCGCCGGCGGGGCCCCUCGCUCUCCAUGGGGCCGAGGCGCUGGCUGAGGACCGCGUGCGGCUGCUGCCCGUGCCAGUGCCUGGAGGAGCCCGCCGCGCCCGAGAAGGAGCCGCUGGUCAGUGCUAGCAAUCCAUAUCCUUCAUUUGGAGCAACACUGGCGAGGGAUGAUGAAAAGAACUUGUGGAGUACUCCUCAUGACGUGUCCCAUACAGAGGCAGAUGACGACAGAACCCUGUACAAUUUAAUAGUCGUUCGUAAUCAGCAGGCCAAAGAUUCAGAGGAGUGGCAAAAGCUCACUUAUGACAUCCAUGUCCUGCGGCAGAUCCGAAGGGAAGUGAGGAAUAGAUGGAAACGCAUUUUAGAAGAGUUAGGUUUUCAAAAGGAAGCAGACUCUUUGUUGUCAGUGACUAAACUGAGCACCAUCAGUGAUUCUAAAAACACAAGGAAAGCUCGGGAGAUACUGUUAAAACUGGCUGAAGAAACCAAUAUUUUUCCAACCAGCUGGGAGCUCUCGGAGAGAUACCUCUUCGUUGUGGACCGUCUCAUUGCUCUUGAUGCUGCAGAAGAGUUCUUUAAAAUUGCCAGUCGAACUUACCCCAAGAAGCCUGGGGUCCCAUGCCCAGCAGAUGGCCAGAAAGAACUGCACUGCCUUCCAUUGCCAAGUCCCUAAAGGAGAGGCCGGGAGGCAGAAUGGGAAUUCUUCCGCUGGAACUCAGCAGCCAACCAAAGUUGGGCAAAUGCUUGGAGAAGAGAGGCAGCAAGUAGAGAGCUAGCUAGAAGAAAAGUGAUUCUGAUCUGCAAAUAUCUAAGGGUUUGGUUAUGUGGUCUUCGUGAGAAUGUAACUCUGUGGGGUGAAGGUUGCAUUGAAACCCUCUGCUGAUCUUGCAUCAGAGUCAGUGGGAUAUUUCAUCGUGAGUGAUUAGAUUCCAAGAACCGAUUGCCCCCAUUUUGGUUUUGGUUGUACAAUAAGCUCUCACCACUAAUCUUAUUGGAAGAAAGAGAUGAUCUAGUUAAUAAAACAAUACAAUUAAUAGAGACAGCCAUCAUCGAGCCCAAAUAUGGAUUACCAAUUUUUAAAUAAUUAUUAGAGGCCAACGCCAAAAUAAUACCAGGCAUUACAUGACCUUUCUUGGAUUUGGAAGAACCUACAGAAUCUUGGAGGUGUCAGAGGCAUCAUUGUAACAGUUAUGAUUAUUCAGGAGUUUAGAUGUGCCAGGAAUAGGAAUGUCUAGGGGUGCUGCUCAGAAGUGAGUUCCAAAUGAAGUGAUCCCGAGCAGAAUCUCCUGCAGCCACAUGUAGAAAGCUCUGUUCAGUUGUGGUACAUGCAUCUUAAAUUCCCAAAAUUCCUGAUGUCUGGUUAUCUCAUUUUUGCAUAUUGUCCAUUUCUACUCCACAAACCCUUGAUAUUUUAUCCAGAAUAGCAUCUGUAAACCGAAACGUUUGCCUUCACUUCCUUCUCGUUCCCUUAAUCUGUUUCUGGUUUAGCAGCUGAGAGUUGUACCUGCUCAGACUUGCAGACUCGUAGCUCCACAAGCAAUGUUGCGCGAAAGAAGGUAACUGCUGGACUGUCUUCCAUUCCGGACAUGAUUUUCAAAACGGAGCAGUGCUGCCAAUACAACUUGCUUCUGUCUACAGAUUGAGAAGUCCAGCUUCAAAAGUUACUUGCUACUUAAGUAAGGAGCUUGCCCAGGAAUCAUGGUUCAUUUUAUUGAAAAGGCGUUCAGAACUUGUAGGGCUUAUCAGUAGGUUUCUGAGAACAGCAGCAAUAUUUUUACUUUUACAGUACUCUUCUGACUUCAGUUUAAGAAGUGACUUGUUUCUUGUCUGUCCAGUGGAUUAUGACUUGAAAAUUUCCAUAUCCUGACUAGCUCUUUUGGUAGUGUACACAAUGUUCAAAAUAUUUGUUAUUUUGCAGACCAGUUUAACUGACAUGUUUCAGCAAAAUUCUUCCUAGUUUUAUAAGUAAGCUAAAAGUUUUAUUUUUGUAUAUUUAGUGUUUAAUCCCUCUCCUGUUUAAAAUUAGGCUGCAGAUAGUGUCCCUUAUCUCUGUGGGCUCUUGCAAGGUAGACACACAACAGUGAAACAAACAAAAACAAAACAAACUAUAAAAUUAAAAAAUUGAAAAUCAUAGUGUUUCCAUCUCUGUCCUCAGAAUUUGUGUUGUGUCUUUUUGCCUUUUUUGAUGUCAAAAUAGAUGAGGUUGUUUGCAUCUAUGGAGAAAAAAAUGUAACCAUAGUCUAUUUUUGAUAAGGAAUGAGUCAGGAUAAGAUUGUCUCUAUUGCUAUAAAAAACAUGGACUUAUCUAGGAUAUUUUUCCUUGCACAGAAUUAAAAGGUUUCUGCAUUUGAUUUUCAGCUGGAUAUGUGUUGUGUUUCUGAGAAAUAAGAAGAAACAGUUAUUCUUUCUAUAAGCCCUUUAAAUUAAAGGAUAAAGGAGCUGAGAGACAGAUGGAUUUAAGAACCUGCCCUCAUCCUAAAGCCAGUCAAGGGGCAAAUCUGUGCUCAAGUCUGGUGCACACUGCAGUGCAUGACAGGCCCAGGGGUGACUGAAGUGACCACUUCUGAGGUCACAGGUGCUCAGCAGCAUCGGGACCCACAGGUGUGCAGGUGGCUGGAGGGUUUUCCUACUUCCUAAAUGUCUCCCUAUUGGCUACUGUAGCGCUUCUCCAAGGUUCAUAUGUAUGUAGGGCAAUUUCAGUGAUACGUGGAUGGAAAUUUUUAUAUUAAUAGUUACUUAUUUUAAUGUGCACCAGGGGGAAAACCCUGUCAUUAGCGGAUCAAACACCUGAUCUCCUAUUUCGCAGAUACUACUGCAGCGAACAGUAAAGUGGUUGUGCUUUCUUAAUGGGGGCACCGAGGUAGGCACAUGGACAAAGUGAUAAGAAAUGCAUUGGUGAGGUGGCACCAGCAUCCCUGAAAAGCCUAGUAGUAGCCCUGUAGGCCACAUGCUGUCCCUGAAGCGGGUUCACUGAUGGUGAUAGGGAUGGAAGAAAGUCCGGUGCUCCCUGUCAGAGCAUAGUGGGUACGGUGAUCAUAAUGAGUGGUCAAGUCUGAGGGGUACUUGCAGAGAAAGGUGGAGAUGGGUAAAAGAACAUGGCAUCCCUAGGGCAAAAUAGAUGAGUACCCAAUAAAAGUAUUGUUCAAGCUAUGCCAUCAAAAGAUUUCAAAGAUGAAUGAUCAGGAUAUAGGUAGGGCACAGCCGCCUUAAUAAAAAGUUAUGACGUCUUGCCAAGUUUCCAGAGCUUCGCUAUUUUCCAGAACCAAAAACCACUGACUGAAGGAAAGACUGGAUCCCCAAGAAGGAAAACUUUGUGACAUCACUGCAAAUGAAUAUGGCAAUGACUCCUUUACCGCUUUCUCAAAAGGAUCUAUAGUCAUUUACUUGGAUGCCUGUACAGUGGGGAAAAGAGUGUAUAAAGACACUCAGAGGAUGUGGGACACAAGGUCCAAGUUGACCCUAAUACUCCAGGACAAGAGGUUCAUUAUAGUGGGACUUUUAGGAUGGGGGCAUGAGGGAUUCAUAAAAUAAAGGAAGUCCUAUGCCAGGUCUAACUCACAGUAGAUCCAUUGAGUCCAUGGAUCUACCAAUGGUCAUCUUCCCACUUCCAGAAUAAAUUAUUGGGCUGAAUAUAUUAGGGACUUGGCAGAACCACCAUUCAUUUCUUGAUGUUUGGACUUGUUUCCCAGUUAUGAAAUGAGUAGUAGUUGAGAUAAGUGGUUAUCUAGACAGACACUGGCCUCCAUCAUUUUUGGAAGCAGGUGUUACAAAUGUGUUCAGGUCAGCAGUGCUCAAGGCCUGCAGCCCAUUUGUCCUUUGUCUACCUGCUUCACAGACCUGACACUAUGGUGUCCAGUUUGGUUAUCAGAAUAUUGUGUCUGAAUGAAACUUUCACUCUGGUUGCUUUCUAACUUUCAUUUUAAGUGGGGUGGGUCCUGAGAAAAGAAAGGGUGACUUCUCUGGGAUUAUAGGAAGCAAAUACAUAAUUCCUGGCUAAGAAGUGUCAUAUGUUUAGAAGAAUUGGGGCUAAGAUUUGCUUUCAUAUCAUCCAGUUGCAAGAUUAUGGGGAAGGAGACAAAUGGCCUUCACCUUCCUCUUCUAGUAGCUGAGAUCACUACUAUUUUCUAAAAGACUGGACAUUUGAUGAAAGGUCUCAUUCGAUUUCUAGUCCAUUUUAAAAUAUGAACGUCAUGCAGAAAAUUUUAUAAUAGAAUAGUCAACCAUAGUACUAAAGUUCUAAUACAACCAUCAUAACACUUUGGGAGGUUUUACUCUCUUUCAUGUGCAUAUUUAACAUUUAUAUAUACAAUUUUAUGUCCUGAUAAUUACAUUUAGGUCAGGGGUUAUAAACUCAAAUGUUUCCAAGGGUCACCGGGUAGGGACUGUGUAUCAAAGGGGAUUAUGUAUGCCUUAUACUGAAGGGAACAGUUAUUACUCAGCUCCAACGAGUUUUUGUUAAGCAAAAAGGCUCAGUUUUGUCAGUUGUUUUGAUUUUUUGACAAGAUCCAAACAAACAGUUUGAGGUAAAUUUUAAAAACAUCUUGUUAGCCAAAGAUAUAUAUAUGAACUGACAGUUUACCACAUCUCGCAGUUUGUAAGCAUUUUCUGUUACUAAAGAGCCUCUGAGGGCAUCAUUUUUAAAAGUGGCACAAUAUUAAAUUGAACAGAUAUAACAAAUUUUGCCAUCUCUCACCUAUUUAGAGGUCAUUUCCAAUUUUUCUCUGCAAUGAACAUCACUGCAUAUUGCUCUGUUCUGCAUUCUUAGUGGGAUUGCAGAAUCAAAGUGCAUGAAUAUUUAAAUAAUUCUUUAUGUACAUCAUCAAAUAUUUUUCAAAAGGUUUGUACCAGUUUAUGCUCUUUCUAGCAGUGAUAUAUGAAAACAUAGUUUCACCAUAUCUUUGUCAUCAUUGGGAUAUAUACUAGGAAGAAAAGGUACCUCUUUGUUGAUUUAAUUUGCACAUAUGUCUAUUAGGGUGAAUAUUACUCCAUAUACUUGUUUACUACUUUUAGUUCUUUUGUGACUUACCUAUUCAUUUCCUUUGUCCUUUGUCUAAGGGGAGACUCCUGUUUAAAAGUUUAACAAUGUCAAUCUAUGCAACAGCCAGGUAUAAAUAAACAUCAACACCUGCUUCACAUCUAAAA